GAGCAGCGGCGCUGCGGCUGCCCCUGGACCGCACCGCCGCCAUGGAGACGCUGUACCGCCUGCCCUUCGCCGUGCUCGAGUGCCCCAACAUCAAGCUGAAGCGGCCGAGCUGGGUGCACAUGCCUUCGGCCAUGACCGUGUACGCGCUGGUGGUCGUGUCCUACUUCCUCAUCACCGGAGGAAUUAUCUAUGACGUGAUUGUGGAGCCUCCCAGUGUGGGGUCGAUGACAGACGAGCACGGACAUCAGAGGCCGGUGGCCUUCCUGGCAUACAGAGUAAAUGGACAGUAUAUUAUGGAAGGCCUCGCAUCCAGCUUCCUCUUCACAAUGGGUGGACUAGGAUUCAUAAUUCUGGAUCGAUCCAAUGCACCAAAUAUCCCCAAGUUGAAUAGGUUUCUUUUGCUCUUUAUUGGAUUUGUCAGUGUGCUUUUGAGCUUCUUCAUGGCCAGAGUUUUCAUGAGGAUGAAAUUGCCGGGCUACUUGAUGGGUUAGUACCUCUUGUGGUGUACGAAAGCUCAAGCUGAAUUUGCUUCACUUCAUGAAACGUUUAAGAAGAAACAGGAAGAAACAAGUUCCAUAGUCACCAUCAACAACAGCAAAGAGACCUGGCUGUGAGAAACAACUAGGGAAAGAGUGCUUCCUCUGCAAACAAACUCUCACUACCAAUGGCUGAUUUUUAGUACUCCAGCAAUGUUUUAUCAUUUCUGAUGUAGAGCUUUUGAAAAAGAGAAGUUAUCUAGCUGAGUAUUUCUUUUAUAUCCCAGCUCAGUAUGAAGCUACCUUUAGCUCUACCUAAAAUGAAUAUUUGCCAUUGACUCCAUUGACUUGACAGUUCUUUGUUGCAGGUCUGUCUCCUCUUCCCUGUGUGGGACACUUACAUGUGUGAAUCAGAGAAGAAACACCUGAAACAAUAUUUCGAAGUUAUAAUCAGAAAAUUAGUAACUUUGGAUGUUUUACAGCUGAAAUACCAUGUGUCUGAAAUGAUUUCAAAGGCACCUUUUGCCUUGGUAUUAGUGGCUCUAUGUGAGCAAAUCCAGAUAUGCACUGGGAAAGGCAAACGGUAUGAAUGUGCAUUUUUUUUUUUAAGAAAAAGUGUACAAAAGGAGCCAAAUAAAACUUAUUUUCUACAAAAUUAUUUUAAUU